AUGUUGCGUUUCGCUUUGCUGUGUCUUGGAUUUUUGGCGGUGGCUUUUAAUGAUGUUGAAGCCUUGAACCAAGUGGACAAAAUGAAGCUCUACGCGAUUAUACUGCCCACCGUUCAAGAGUGUAGCAGCAAGUAUGGAGUUUCCGAGGAGGACAUCAAGAAGUCCAAGGAGUCGAAAAAUAUAGACAAUUUAGACGAUUGCUUCAUCGCUUGCGUAUUCAAGAAGGCUGGAGUGAUUAACGAUGGUGGGCAGUUUGAUGUUGAAAAGUCGAAGGAAUUAAUUUCGAAGUACCUCUCUGAUUCUGGUGACCAGGCUAAAGCACAGGAAAUAAUUGGAAGAUGUGUCUCUGUAAACGACCAACCUGUUGGCGACAAUGAGGGCUGCCAAAGGUCCAAGCUUUUAAUGGAGUGCUUCCUGCCAUUCAAAAAGGAGGUAGUAUUAAUAUAG